UCAUCCUAUCUGGAAAACAUAACAUCACGAAAAAGUUGAUCCUACACUUUCACUACAAGUACGGCCACGCUAACAGGGAAACUGUAUUUAAUGAACUACGUCAAAAAUUUUGGAUCCCAAAGGCGCGUGCUGCUGUACUACAGGCGACGAGGGACUGCAUGUGGUGUAAAGUGAAUCGAUGUGUACCCUUUGUUCCAAUGAUGGCACCGCUACCUGUUCCACGUAUUACCCCUCACUUACGUCCUUUCAGUGCAGUGGGUGUUGACUAUCUAGGUCCGGUCGAAGUCACGGUGGGACGCAGAAAAGAGAAAAGAUGGAUCGUCGUAUUCACCUGUAUGGCUAUGCGAGCGGUGCAUCUCGAUGUGGUGCACAGUUUGAGCACACAAUCCUGCCUAAUGGCCAUCAGGCGAUUCACUUGCAAGCGCGGAGCACCGGAGCAAAUAUUCUCUGAUAACGCUACGUGUUUUCGUGGAGCAAACGCAGCGACGACGAAGAUGAUUCAGAAGAUUAAUGAAGAAUGUGCAAGAAAGGUGAUAUCAACUGUUACUUCAUGGCACUUUAACCCUCCUGGAACUCCGCAUAUGGGUGGCAUCUGGGAACGGAUGGUGCGAUCCGUCAAAGAAGCUCUGAAAGUUUUAGAUGAUGGAUGGAAAUUAACAGACGAGAUCCUUUCAACGAGUCUAGCCGAAGCAGAAGACAUGAUUAAUACUCGUCCAUUAACAUAUGUUCCUCAGGAUGACGACGGCGAAGAAGCCAUCACACCAAACCACUUCUUGCGUGGAAAAGUGACCAAUUUGGACAUGCUUCUGGAUGGUUCCGUGGACUUUGCUGAAACUUUGCGCAAUGUUUACAAGCGGUCACAAUAUAUAGCUAACAAGAUGUGGGAACGCUGGCUGAAAGAAUAUCUGCCCUCGCUAAAUCAUCGCACAAAGUGGUUCGACGACCAGAAGCCGCUCGAAGUUGGGGACCUAGUGUUCGUAGUUGAUGGGAAGUUCAGGAAGAACUGGGUACGAGGAAGAGUUCACAAGGUAAUCCAAGGAGCAGAUGGAAGAAUCCGUCAAGCAGACGUAAAGACGGCGGAUGGCAAGGUGCAUCGGCGUGCCGUGGCGAAUCUAGCGGUGUUAGAAAUUCAAAAUUGUAAAUCCGGAUCUUCAGGAUGAGCCACCAGAUGUUACGGUCGGGGGAUUGUUCACACCGCUGGGUAGUUGGAGUCGGUGUAACUGCGGACCCCCCGAUAACUGACAGUUCACCGUGAAGAAAAAUAAAACAAAAACAAAGUGUCUCGAGAUAGUGCAGGAAAUUUGGAAUCUAUAGUAAAAUAAUUAAAAGUUCAGUGUAAGGGAAUGAUCGGUUGAAUUUAGGGAAUCUAUUUACGCAAUUUAACCCGUAAGUAAAAAUAGAAUUUCAAUUGAUGAGAGUUUGGACAGCAUAAAAUAACGAACUUGCUCUUGCCUAGUUCGUAUCACACGAGGACUGAGGACCCAAGGCGCAGACAUUACAUCGUAUUGCUUUGUACGGGUAUAAUUUGAAGAAGAAGAGGAAAGGAUCAGAAAGUAUCAAGGAGAAUUCAGGAAGGAUUGAAGUCGUAAGGAAGGAGGAAACUAUUAGAGUGAGUAGAUUUAGUGCAAAUUAUAAAUCUGUAGCAAUUAAGAAAAUAAUGGCAAUAUAUUUUAGUUUUUGAGCUGCUCCGAAUAGCUGCUGCAAAAUAAAUAGUGUACUCGAACAAAA